AUGCCCCACUAUGGUGCCGACGACUUCGAAAUUGACCAGGCGGAGCUCGACCGCCACCUGGCGGACCUCGAGAAGUACAAGGCAGAUGGCAUUAGCAACGAGGCGCGCGACUAUUUCAAGAGCGCAUUGUGGUCCAAGAUGCGGCAGCCCUUAAUAGACUGGUGGGGCCCGAAACGGGACGCGAUUUCGAGGGAAAUGGGCGCGAUUAGGAUGCAGCAGCACUGCCAGUAUCUGCUCGGCGCGUGGAAGAAGAAGACCAAGGAGCUGUACGCCGAGGCGUGCAAAGCCAUCAAGCUGCCGGAGGAGUUCCGCCACGGGUUCUCUAUUAUCCCGGAAACCAACUACAUCUACAAACCCCCGUCGCACGUCGAGAAGAAGGGCACGGUCAUGAUCGUGCUGUCGUCGGGCUUCAACAAGGGCUGGGACAAGCACGGCAAUUUUGAUCUCAAGCUCGGCGAGAAGAUCUAUACCAUGAAGUUCCUCUUAUCUGCGGUCGAUACCUACAACGUCACGGACCCGGACAUCGCUGUCAAGGAGUGCCCGUAUUCAUUUUGCUUUGUCGAGGCCGACGCGUUCCAAGGCUGUGCCCUCACGAACUCCAAGCCCUGGUCCACCCCCAAGCCCGGCUCUCGAUGUGAUAUGUUCGCCAAAAUCGUCGUCAAACUGCAGAUCGCGGCGACGCAGCCCGUCGUCCUGUGCUUGCACUCCCAGCCCGCGCGCAAGCUCUUCUACUUCAAGGAGGGCGAGAUCGGUUUCUCGGGCCAGAAGGACCACCGCGCCAAGUUCCAGGACGACAAGAGCAACGACCUGGUCCCCUUCAACAUCUUCAUCGAGGCGUUCAACCAUCCGGCGAGCGCGCGGUUCGUCCGAGCCUUCUGGCAGUGGGCGCGCGAGGCGAAGGCGCUCCGAGAGCUCCUCGGGGCGUAG